AUGUCGUUCAUCCCCCGCCAUGCCUUCCCGCCGCUCCCCUCGCUCCCCCGGUCCUACUUCCUGGGCCACCACAAAGCAGGCCUCCAAAAGAUGAAAUCGCUACUCUCCUCCAUCGACCUCGUCGUCGAAUGCCGCGACUACCGCGUCCCGCUCACAUCGCGCAACCCUCUAUUCGAAAAAGCACUAGAAGGCAAAGAGCGGGUCCUCGUCUACACGAAGCGGGACCUCGGCGGCAGCGUGCGCGACGGCAAGCACGAGGAAAUCAUCCGCGGAUGGCACGCCCCGUCGACAGUCAUGUUUGUGCGCAACGGGCGGGAAAAAGACGGCGAGGUGGGCAGCGGCGAGGGCGGCGCAAGGAAAAGCGUGUACAAGCUUCUUGAUGUGCUGCGGGAGCAUGCUCAAACGCGGUGGAAGCUCGUCGGGCACCGCGUCAUGGUGGUCGGCAUGCCGAACGUGGGGAAGAGCACGCUGCUCAAUGCGCUAAGGGCGCAGGGCAUCGGGAAGGGCAAGGUGGCGCAGACGGGGGCGCAGCCCGGCGUUACGCGGAAAGUGGGCAGCGGGGUGAAGAUCAUGCCCAGCGAGGACGACAUCGAGGGUAUGGACGAGGGUGCUAAGCGCAGAUCGAGGGCCGUAGGUGGAGGUGUGUAUCUUCUCGACACGCCCGGGGUGUUCAUCCCGUACGUGCCCGACGCAGAAGCGAUGAUGAAACUCGCCCUCUGCGGCAGCGUGAAGGAUACUAUCAUCUCGCCCGUCGUGCUGGCCGAUUACCUGCUCUUCCACGUCAACCGCGUCGACCCCACGCUGUACAGCGAGUACGCGCCCGGGCCCACGAACGACAUCAUCGAGCUGCUGGAGUCGAUGGCGCGCAAGACGGGUAGGCUGGGGAAAGGCGGCGCCGUCGAUGUAGAGGCGACCGCGCUGUGGAUGAUUCAGAAGUGGCGCACAGGCUUUCUGGGGAGGUUCUUGCUCGAUCCGAUUGAGCAGGGGAGUCUGGAUAUGGCGAAGGUGGUGGAGGAGGGUGCAGAGCCGAGCUUUAAUCAGGCGAAGCGGGUGGAGAGGGAGAGGAGAAGGGCGAGGAAUAAGGCGAGGGGCGAGAAGUGAGGGGCCUUCUUAUCACUGGGCCGGGGGAGUGGAAUUUUGCAGCGGCGAGGACAGGGG